AAGCAAGGCUCUUUGGUAUCAAGGAUGGUGUGUACGACAAUGCUACCGAAAACUCCACAGAGACUGAUAGACGAUAGCUUGGCAACACUCAGAGGAACGACUGGAACGUCCCGACCUUCUCGCCAUUUCAGUUGGUCUGGUCCAGCAGGAUUCUACCAUCAAACAACAUGACACACGAGGUGCCAAGUGUUCGCCUCAGUAGUGGACAGGACAUGCCCAUAAUAGGCAUUGGGACAUCACGGGCCCUCGGCGAUGAUGCGAAAGUUGCUGUCAAUGCUGCUCUGGAGUGUGGCUACCGACUUAUUGACACGUCGUAUAUAUACCAGAAUGAAGCUGCCAUCGGGGAAGUGUUGAAGGAAUGGUUCGCCGGUGGAAGACUCAAGCGUGAAGAUUUGUUCAUCACUUCAAAGCUGCCAAUGAUUGGUAAUCGGGAAAAGGACGUCUCAAAAUUCCUCCAAAAGUCACUGAACAUGUUGGGUUUGACAUAUGUUGACCUGUACCUUAUCCACUGCCCUGGUGGAUUCAUAGGCAAGGAUGACAAUGACAUAAAACCAAAAGACGAAGAAGGGAAUACCGUUCUGGACUUCGAGACUAAUUUAGAAGGUAUCUGGAGAGGCAUGGAAGCUCAGGUUGAUGCUGGGAGAGCGAAAUCCAUUGGGAUCUCCAACUUCAAUAGUAAACAACUGGACAGAAUUGUUAAAGUGGGACGCAUCAAGCCUGCCAACCAGCAAGUAGAGGUCCAUGCCUACCACAUGCAACGUGAUAUGCGAGCAGUUUGUGACAAGCACGGCAUCACAGUGUGUGCCUUUUAUCCCCUUGGAGCACCUUAUUUAGAAAUACGGACAGAGGAACAUCCACCCCUUGUUGAACAUCCACUAGUGGCGAAGAUUGCCAGCCAGCGAGGGAAGACAACAGCUCAGAUUCUCCUUCGUCACCUGAUUCAACACGGCCUCAUUGUCAUACCCAAAUCUGUCAGAGUGGAACGAGUUAAGAAGAAUUUUCAGGUCUUUGAUUUCGAGUUGAGUGCUGAAGAGAUGGCACAACUGGACACUCUUAACCGAGACGGAGCUGUCAGAAUGUUUACAUGUGACUUUUACAAAGGUUUUGAAAGGCAUCCCGAGUACCCCUUCUAAGCGUGGCUCUAACAAGAUUCCAGUAGAUCCUGAUCAGAGGACGUGUGGAGCCGUGGGAACAGUAUGCAUGGUAACAUAUUAUAGAAUUAAACAUCUUUUAAUCAAGGUGUGACAACCAUAGAUUUAGAGAUCCUUAUCUUAAUGUUCCACACAAAAAUAGAAUGAAAGAAAUUCCCUGUAAAAAAAUAUUGAUGGGGUUAUUUCAUUGGGUUUUCUUCUUCAACUUCUUCUUCUUCCCUCUUCUUCUUCUUCUUCUUCUUCUUCUUCUUCUUCUUCUUCUUCUUCUUCUUCUUCUU